AUGCUAGACCUCUUCUUCUUCACUCUUCUCAUAACCGUUUUUGUUUACAUACUCACGCGAAUAUGUCACAAGUCCAAGCGCGUGAACCUCCCACCGGGCCCACCGGGUUGGCCGGUUGUCGGUAAUCUGUUUCAGUUCGCGCGCUCCGGUAAGCAGUUUUUCGAAUACGUCGACGAGAUGAAAAAAAUCCACGGCCCAAUUCUCACGCUUAAGAUGGGGAUCCGAACGAUGAUCAUCAUCUCCGACGCGGAUCUCGCGCACCAGGCCUUGAUCGAGCGCGGGGCCCAAUUCGCAACCCGGCCCGUCGAAACUCCGACCCGGAAAAUCUUCAGCUCGAGCGACAUCACCGUCCACUCCGCAAUGUACGGUCCCGUGUGGCGGUCCCUGAGGCGUAACAUGGUUCAGAACAUCCUGAGCUCGAAUCGGCUGAAGGAGUUCGCCUCCGUGAGAAAAUCCGCCGUCGAUAAGCUCGUGGAGAGGAUCAGAUCGGAGGCCGAGGAGCACGACGGGAUCGUCUGGGUGCUGAGAAACGCUAGAUUCGCUGCUUUCUGCAUCUUGCUAGAUAUGUGCUUCGGAGUCGAGAUGGAUGAAGAGUCGGUGGAGAAGAUGGAUCGGAUGAUGACGGAGAUUCUAAUCGCCGUCGAUCCGCGGAUCCACGAUUACCUCCCGGUGCUGACACCGUUCUACUCCAAGGAGAGGAAACUCGCUCUCGAACUUCGCCGGAAGCUGGUGGAGUUCGUCGUCGGCUUCAUCGAGAAGCGGCGAUCGGCGAUUCAGAACCCAACGGCGUCGUCCUUCGCGUAUCUCGAUACGCUAUUCAAUCUCAAAAUCGAUGGAAGGGAAACGACGCCGUCCGACGAGGAUCUCGUGACUCUGUGUUCAGAGUUUCUCAACGCGGGAACGGAUACGACUGGGACGGCGAUCGAGUGGGGGAUCGCGCAGCUGAUCACGAAUCCGAAGAUUCAAUCUCGUCUCUACGAUGAGAUUAAAUCAACGGUGGGAGAUCGUACGGUCGACGAGAAGGACCUGGACACAAUGGUCUUUUUAAAAGCGUUCGUCAAGGAGAUUCUCCGUAGACACCCGCCUACGUAUUUCACGUUAAGUCACGGCGUUACUGAGCCGACGACUCUCUCCGGGUACGACAUUCCCGUGGGAGCCAACGUGGAGUUCUAUCUUCCCGGUAUGAGUGAAGACCCGAACAUCUGGUUUAAACCGGAUAAAUUCGAUCCGGACCGGUUUAUAACGGGUGGAGAAGACGCUGAUUUAACCGGCGUAGCUGGAGUGAAGAUGAUGCCGUUCGGAAUCGGGCGUCGGAUCUGCCCGGGGCUUGGGAUGGCCAUCGUACACGUGGAGCUAAUGGUGGCGAGGAUGGUUCAAGAGUUUGAGUGGAGGAAAAACCCACCGGAGAGUGGAGUGGAUUUCGCCGGGAAGUUGGUGUUCGCGGUGGUGAUGAAGAACCCCUUGAGAGCCAUGGUCAAAGCCAGGGUUUAA